GGCUUGCAUUUCGCCAACUCUUUCUCAGUUUCUGUUCCUUAUUAGCAACACCAACACCAUCAACAGUUCAACACCAACACCAACAAAAACAAACAAUACAAAAGCUUCAUGCCCCUACAGAGACCUUGUCAAUGGCAUGUCAUGGAACAAAAUCUUUCACUUUUCUAAUUCUGUCAUAUCAUCCUGGCUGUCCAUUUUAGCCGUCCCUUUUCUGCCGCGAUUUCAAGAGAAUAAUCCGGGUCAUAUAUACACUUCUCUCUCUCUCUCCUUUUCUUCAACCUGCUUUACUACAUUCUUGCCAAAAAAAAAGGUGUAGACAUAUUCGGGGAGGGCAAUAGUCUGGGCGUCUUUGUUAUAUAUGAGUGCUUGAUUCCCCUGCCCUUUUGUUGAGCUUACUUUGAAUAUCUAGAAAAAUGUGUGACACAAUGUCUGGACCUCUUGAUCGACCGUUUAAAGCAGGUACAAUGUCUGGACCUCUUGAUAGACCUUUUAAAGCAGGUCUUGAAAAAUCUGACCAUGAAAACUCUGAGGAUGAGAGGAAGACAAGACUUGGAUCUCUCAAGAAGAAGGCAAUCAGUGCCUCCUCCAAGUUUAGGCAUUCCUUGAAGAAACGGGGUCGGAGAAACAGUAAAGUCAUGUCCGUUGCUAUUGAGGAUCACAUUGAUGCAGAAGAGUUGCAGGCAGUGGAUGCAUUCCGCCAAGCACUUAUCUUGGAAGAACUACUACCCUCAAAACAUGAUGAUCAUCAUAUGAUGCUAAGAUUUUUAAGGGCUAGGAAAUUUGACAUUGAGAAAACAAAGCAAAUGUGGACUGAUAUGCUUCAGUGGAGGAAGGAGUAUGAAGCAGACACAAUCAUGGAGGACUUCGAGUUCAAGGAAAUCGAUGAAGUCUUAAAGUACUACCCACAAGGACAUCAUGGAGUUGAUAAGGAAGGAAGACCUGUUUACAUUGAAAGACUCGGUCAAGUUGAUUCCACCAAGCUGAUGCAAGUCACAACAAUGGACCGCUAUCUCAAGUAUCAUGUACGGGAGUUUGAGAGGACCUUUGCUGUUAAGUUGCCAGCAUGUUCCAUUGCAGCAAAGAAGCUCAUUGACCAGAGCACAACUAUUUUGGAUGUGCAAGGAGUGGGGCUUAAACAUUUAAGCAAAUCAGCAAGGGAACUUCUUCUGCGCCUUCAGAAGAUUGAUGGUGACAAUUACCCAGAGAGCCUGAACCGCAUGUUCAUCAUUAAUGCUGGUUCUGGAUUUAGGAUCUUAUGGAAUACUGUCAAAUCAUUCCUUGAUCCCAAGACUGCUGCAAAAAUUCAUGUCCUGGGCAACAAAUACCAGAGCAAGUUGCUUGAAAUAAUUGAUGCCAGUGAACUUCCAGACUUUUUCGGUGGUACUUGUACUUGUGCAGACAAGGGUGGUUGCCUGCGUUCUGAUAAGGGCCCUUGGAAUGAUCAAGAAAUAUUCAAGAUGGUUCAAAAUGGUGAGGCCAAAUGCCCAAGGAAAAUACUGACUGGCAUUGAGGAGAAGACAAUCUCUGAAGAUGGGAAUGCAUGCCCAAAGAGGUAUGAUUCUUUCAGCUCAGAAUCAGGUGAUGUUCCAAGGGAUUAUGCAGAAGAACCAAAACUCUCUUCUGUUCCUGAAGCAUUUCCCAUCACCAAAAAGUACCAUAAUCCCUAUAACAGCUUUGUUCCAAUGGUUGACAAGACUGUGGAUGCAGCUUGGUCAAAACAAGUACAAAUUGCUAAAUUCUCUGUUACUAAAGAUUGUUACCCGGUGCAAGGUGCUUCGAAGGACCCCAAAGGAAUAACCAAUCAUAUUAUUGCCGGGAUCAUGGCCUUUGUUAUGGGCAUUGUCACUAUUGGCCGCUUGACAAAGAACAUGCCAAAGAAAGUCGCUGAAGCUGCCGUCUAUAACAGCUCUGUCUGCUACGAUGACACAGUGAUUAAAGGCCAUCAGUUGCCAUCACCUGCCAUCUCCACCACAGACUACAUGACAGUGAUAAAGCGCAUGGCCGAAUUGGAAGAGAAGGUGAAUGUUCUCAGCAACAAGCCAGCAGUCAUGCCAGCUGAGAAGGAGGCAAUGCUGAAUGCUGCACUAAGCCGUGUUGAUGCCCUGGAGCAAGAGCUAUCCUCAACCAAGAAGGCACUCGAGGAUUCUCUUGUUCGACAGCAGGAGCUCGUGGAUUACCUUGAGAAGGAGAAGAAGAAGAAGAAGAAGAAACUGAGCCUAUUCCACUGGUGAGGUGAUACAGGAGCUGGAUAACGAACACUGCUCCAAAUAAAUACUUAUUAUUUUCUAAGUUGGCGGCGAUGUUGAUUUUGAGUCCCAGGGAUGCUGUUUGCUGCAUUCAUUUGAUGUUUUGUGUUUGCUUUGUCCAAUUAUUAACUAAAUGGCUUUGUCUAUUAACAGUGUGUGGUACAUUCACACUUGUGUAUAUUUUGAAUGAUUAAUACUUGUGUUAGUUUUACGUAAAUCUUCAUGAAUUUUGCAGUUUUUAUUAAAGUGUAUUUUCUUCUGCCAAAAGAAAAGGUAGGGGAAAAGAGCUACUGCACAAGCUUGGCGGUCAGAGAUGUACUUUGGUUCUUAGGCUAGAAGGUGAAGUUAUUCGUUUAAAGUCUUCAUUUUCUCAAAUGAAUUGGAGGAUUAAACUCCAUGUAUGUAUAAUACCUAUACAGCUUUUCUGAUUAACACAAUCGUGUAUUUUCCCCUGCCAAUUCAUGAUACAAUUUAGGUGCUAGACCUGU